AUCCUGUCAGGAAGCUCCUACUGUUUAAAAUAGCUCAGAUAAAAAUAACUGAGUGGCUGCAGGGUGAAAUUUAAGUGGACAGACAUGUUUCCUUCUGCUCGGCUGCUUUUAUUUUGUCUGCUUAAUGUCGUCAUGUCUGAAAAGCUGGCUUCAGUCGACUUUGAGAUUUUUGGGAACGUUCAGGGUGUUUGUUUCAGGAUGUACACAGAAGAUCAUGGGCAGAGUCUAGGACUCAGUGGCUGGGUGAAGAACACCAGGACGGGCACUGUGAUUGGUCAGGUUCAGGGACCGGUGGACAAAGUUGACAAAAUGAAAUACUGGCUGCAGAAUGUCGGUAGUCCGAGCAGUCGCAUUGACCGCGCAGUCUUCUCCAACCAGAGACACAUCAGCAAAUUGGAGAUCCAUGGUUUCAACACCCGCUACUGAACCCGCUCAGCUGGCACACCAAGCCAUAACUGAAAGUGAAAGUAACCCAAUUAACUUUUAUAAAUGAAAGAAGGAAAACAAGCAUAAACUUCAAAUAGAAAUGCAUCCAAUAAACCCACAAAAACCAGUUUAUAUUAUUGAAAUAGGAGCUCACAUCAUAAUUAAACACUAU